CUCCGUAACUACUAACUUAUGAUCUAUCGAUUGUCGAUUUCCAUUUCAACUUUUUCGAGAAAAAAAACAGGAGCCAUGUAAAUCUGUGGUGGUUUUAAUUACUUCGGACACUUCAAUCUUAUAGUAUACGCAAUUUCUUUUAAUUCUCAGCAAACGCGGUUUAAAUGCAUUUGCUAGUGUUAAAUUUACGUCGUAAAAUUUCUAUGCUUGACAUCGCUUUCGAGAUGAUUCGAUAGUAUCGAAGUUUUUUGGCAGGUCGACACUGAGAUGUAUUUCGAUGGUAGAUUAGAAUGUUAUUAGUCAUUCGCUGUCGUGUUUGUAAGUAAAUAUCAGCUGGAUGCGUAAAGAAAAACGUAACGUGAUUCCGUGACAGCACGUAACGGACGUAACUGUCGAACGUAUUCUGUUCGAAGAAUCUACGAUAAAAUGGGUAUUUUUCAGACUUCUUCGCCUUUCGACGCUGACGUCGAAAAGGCAACUAGUGAGAAGAAUGUAUCUGAAGAAUGGGGGAAAAUAAUGGAUAUUUGUGAUAAAGUAGGAACCUCUCCUCAAAAUGCAAAGGAUUGUUUACGAUCCAUCGUUAAAAGAUUAUCUUCUCCAGAUCCACAUAUUGUUAUGCAGGCAUUGACUUUACUGGAUGCAUGUGUCAGCAAUUGUGGGAAAAUAUUUCAUUUAGAGAUAGCAUCGAGAGACUUUGAAAAUGAUCUAAGGAAGCUUAUUAAUCACUCUCAGCCAAAGAUUGUGGAAAGAAUGAAAGGGCUUCUGAAAAAGUGGGCUGAAGGAGACUUUAAAACUGAUCCACAGUUAAAUUUAAUUCCAAGUUUAUACAAUAAACUUAGGAAUGAUGGUUACGAUUUUAGUUGUGUCUCGGAUACGCCUAAACGUACAAGUGUAUUAAGUAAAGAUCCAAAUGUAGUAACAAAUUCACAAGAAGAAGAAGAUAUUGCAAAAGCCAUAGAACUUUCACUUAAAGAAAGUAAAGCUCAAAAUCAAGUGUCUUGUUCACAUAGUUCACCAGCAUCUAAAAAGAAUACUAGUUUGUACCCAAAUGUGAAUGCAACGUUUGGUGCUUCAAAUACUUCUGAAGGCAGGAAGGUCCGUGCUCUUUAUGAUUUUGAGGCAGCAGAAGAUAAUGAAUUAACAUUUUUAGCAGGAGAAAUAAUUAACAUUUUGGAUGAUUCUGAUCCAAAUUGGUGGAAAGGCAGUAAUCAUAGAGGAGAAGGACUUUUUCCCUCGAAUUUUGUUACUGCAGAUUUGUCUAUGGAGCCUGAGCAGUUUACAAAAUUGGAACACAGUAAUAAAAAAAUGGUUCAAUUUGCUGAAGAAGUUGAAGUGAAGACAGUAAAAAGAGAACCAGAAGUAAUCGAAGUUGAAAUAGAUGAAAGGAAAAUGGAUAGACUUCUACAUUUAUUACAUGAAGCUGACCCUCAGUGUGAUACUUCAGAUUCACAAGAAAUGCUUGAGUUAGAAGAACAAGUUACUGCAAUGGGACCUUUAAUAGACGCUGCAUUAGAAAAGGUAGAUAGGAGGCAUGCACAACUAACUCAGUUAAGUUCUGAUUUGGUGGAUGCUCUUAAUUUGUAUCACACAUUGAUGCGAGAACCACCACCUCCUACACCAUCCAAUUACACUCUACCUAAAAUGCAACCACAUGUAAAUCCUUAUCAGUUUCAAAAUCAGGGACCACCACCUCAACAUAUAUAUAACGGAGUACCUCCACCACCUCAUCAACCUUUUCCUGUUGGAGGUGGUCCAUCCGGGCCAUACAAUACAAAUAUACCCACUAGCGAAUAUAUGGGGCCUGCAAGCAUGCCAAACAUGAUAUUGCCACAACAUUACCAUGUUCCACCAGCAGGUCCACAUCAACAUUCUUCAGGACAUCCUCAGGGUUUACCAGUGCCAGAACAAAGUAGUCUCCCAUAUUCUCAUCAAGGAUAUCCACCUCAAAGUGGUCCUUUGCCAGGAUCAUAUGGUCCAUCAGGACCGACAGGACCUCCGGUAAGCCAACAACCUCAGUAUGCUCCGCCAAAUGGGCAGCGCAUGAUGUAAAGUAAUGCUGUGUGUUUCAAAUUCAUCCUGUACUCUAACUCAAGUUGUACAAUAUUACUAUAUUAUAAUUAUUUAAAUAAACAUACCCGAAGUAGCCAAAGAUACUGGGUUUUUGAUGGAAGUUUUGUAUUCAAAACUUAUCGUGUAAGCUUAUUAUUUAUGCAUAUACACGUCAGAUUGUAUUAGAAGAGAACGAUUUAUCUUGUUGACGUUAGACGACCGUUGUUAUUAUCUGUUUUUUUUUUCUCGAAGUAACUUUGGUAGGCUUACCAUUUAAAUUCAAUUAGUACAUUCCUUUAAUUCGAUUAGUGUUAAAUUGUUUCUUUUCUUUAUAAUUUAACUAGGUAAUGAUACUAUAUUCUAAAAAUAAGAUGAAUGAAUUUGAAAUUGGCUUAUAGAUGAUAUAUGAAUCUUUGAAUUGUAUAACAUGCUUUUUUUAUUUAUAAUGUAUUUUGUGAAGUUUGUUGUACAUUUGUAAUAAGUGUUAAAAGUUGCAUUGUCAUUCAAUCGUACAUAAAAUAUACCCUAUAAAUGGUAAAAAAAACUGUAUCUAAAGCAGUACCAUAUUUUAUAGUUUUUUACCGUCAUUCGUUUCUAACACGUAACAAUUAUAAUAGUCCCUUUAAACUUAAGAUUAUUAGAUGAUGAACAUUCUUUUUAAUGAAAAUGAUAUACAUAUAUUUGCAUAGAUAAAAGAUGCUACUCGGACGAAAUAUUGUUGAAAUAAAUUUGAAAGCUAUCAUCAUGACAAAAUGUCUCAACAUAGUCUAGUCUGUCCACUAUGUAUAAUAAAAUUGUUUCCUAUUAUUUAUGGAGCGAUAUAUGAGAAACUUUUUAUAAAUUGUUAACGCAUAAUACUCGCAUACUUCUAUUCACAUUAUCAUAAAACAGGGGAAGGAGAACAAAUAAAGAUGAAAGUGUUCUUUUGGAUUCGCGUUAAAGUAAAGAUUUAAGAUAAUAUGAAAAAAUAUCAUCAUUUCAAUAGAUUUUUAGUUUUAAACAAUUUAUAUGUAGAACUUAUAUUUUGUAGUUAAAAGGUGAUAUUAUUUAUAUUAACAGAAAAUAAUUUAGAAAUUGUUAAAUUAGAAAAUUGAAAAUGUAGAAUUUAUUAAGAUAUAAAAAUGAGAAGCUGUUAAAAGAUGACAGACUUCAAAUGUAUGAAGCGGAAAUAUCUGCAAUAAAUUAUGUCCUAAUAGCAAUUAAAAUGUACUCUAAAUAACGUUAACUCAAGAAAAUUUCUGAUCUGUCUAUAUGAGUUUCUAUAUGUAUUGCAUAAGGUAUGAUUGGUAAAGUCUACAUAAUUUGUAAACAAAAUUUAUGUACUAACUAUGAUAUGAUACUAACUAAUUUGUGAUUGAUAAACAACUAAACUUAAUUUCUUUACAGUAGUGUUUCUUUCUUUUUCUUUCCACAUAGUUAACUGCUUUUUAUAGACGCAAAUAAUUAUAUUUAAAUUGAAAGGAAAUUGUCAGUGCAGGAAAGUUUUAACUAGGGUAUGAAAUACACAUUAAGAUUUUAAAAAUCAUUAAACCUUAAAAGAUAAAAGACUUUGGAAAGAUAGUGAAACAUAAAUGAUAUGAAAAUUGAAAGCAAACUGUAUGAGAAUCUUGUAAACAUGCCUCUAAAUAGAAAAAGUUAUAUGAAAAAAAUAUUGUUCCCUUUGUAACAAUUAUGUAUUUUACUUUGAAUGCGUUUAUACUAAAAAGAAGAAGAAGGAAGAAAUGUUUAAACUGAGAAAAGAAGUCCUAUGGAAAAACGAAUGUAAUUUGCAUUGUAUAUAUUAAUUGUCAUUAAAUACUAUUUACAUAACUAACGAUAAACCUAUACUUUUAUCAAUAAAAAUAACCAAUGGUGAAAUUGUAAAAUUCAA